CCUCGGCCGCCGCAGGCCCUCCCGGCCGGGUCCCGCCCGCGCUCGGUUCUUCAGAGGCUGCGGGCGCGCAGGGCUGGCGCCGGCAGCAGGUGGGCGGGGUGCGGGUGCCUGAGCCUGGGGGCUGCCGGCUGCGCUGGGCCCGGCGCGGCGGCGGUACAUUGCGGGCGCGCCAUGGACUUCAACAUGAAGAAGCUGGCGUCGGACGCGGGCAUCUUCUUCACCCGGGCGGUGCAGUUCACAGAGGAGAAAUUUGGCCAGGCUGAGAAGACUGAGCUCGAUGCCCACUUUGAAAACCUCCUGGCGCGGGCAGACAGCACCAAGAACUGGACAGAGCGCAUCCUGAGGCAAACCGAGGUGUUGCUGCAGCCCAAUCCCAGUGCCCGAGUGGAAGAGUUCCUGUAUGAGAAGCUGGACAGGAAGGUCCCCUCAAGGGUCACCAAUGGGGAACUGCUGGCUCAGUACAUGGCGGAAGCAGCCAGCGAGCUGGGACCUACCACCCCCUAUGGAAAGACACUGAUCAAGGUGUCAGAGGCUGAAAAGCGCCUGGGAGCCGCAGAACGGGAUUUCAUUCACACUGCCUCCCUCAGCUUCCUCACACCUCUGCGAAACUUCCUGGAAGGGGACUGGAAGACGAUUUCGAAGGAAAGGCGUCUCCUGCAGAACCGACGCCUCGACCUGGACGCUUGCAAAGCGAGGCUGAAGAAGGCAAAGGCUGCAGAAGCCAAAGCCACGUGUGAGGGAGAUACGGUGCCUGACUUUCAGGAGACUAGACCUCGUAAUUACAUUCUCUCGGCCAGCGCCUCCGCGCUUUGGAACGACGAGGUAGACAAGGCUGAGCAGGAGCUUCGAGUGGCCCAGACAGAGUUCGACCGGCAGGCAGAAGUGACCCGUCUCCUGCUGGAAGGGAUCAGCAGCACCCAUGUGAACCACCUUCGCUGCCUCCACGAGUUUGUCAAGUCUCAGACGACCUACUAUGCACAGUGCUACCGCCACAUGCUGGACCUACAGAAGCAACUGGGCAGCUCCCAGGGUGCCAUAUUUCCAGGCACUUUUGUGGGUACUUCGGAGCCUGCCUCCCCACCCCUGAGCAGCACAUCACCCACCACCACUGCAGCCACUAUGUCUGUAGCACCCACUGUGCCUGGCCUGGCCCCUCCAGGGGAGGCGGCACUGUGCCUGGAGGAGGUGCCCCCCCCUGCCAGUGGGACUCGCAAGGCCCGGGUGCUCUACGACUAUGAAGCGGCUGACAGCAGUGAGCUGGCCCUGCUGGCUGAUGAGCUCAUUACUGUCUACAGCCUGCCUGGCAUGGACCCUGACUGGCUCAUUGGCGAGAGAGGCAACAAGAAGGGCAAGGUCCCUGUCACCUACCUGGAACUGCUCAGCUAAGCGGCCCCUCCCAGGCCUGCCACCCUUGUCUCCUGGGGACACAGCUGCUUAGGAUGGGGGCCUAACCCCAUUCUGGUCAUGCCAGUUGUCCAGCUAAGGAACCCCACAAGGCGGAAUGGCUCCAGGCCCCUCUGCUAGCCCUGCUUUUGACCUGUACCCCUGCACGCCCGAGGUCUCCCAGUUCCCCUAAGGAGGGAGGGACACUACAUUUAGCACCAUGGGCCCAGGAUAUGCUGGGGACACCUUGGCAUGAAAAGAGCAUCAGCCUUUUAGUAGCCAAAGGUCGAGGGGGACAGCAGAAGGCAGGCAGGGCUGACAGUCUGGGACAGGAGGGUCUAGUAACACCACAAGGGUCAGCGGGAGCAGCACCACCCAGUGUUCCCCUCUCCCUCCCAGCUCUGAGCUCUGAGGGUGGUGGCUACAGCCCUCCCUCAAUUUUUAACUGGUAUUUUUACUCCUGUCUGUCUCGUCUGCUCAUGCUUUAGCAAAUAAAACCCUGUGUGCAACUUGUCGGGCUCCCAUGAGGGUCUGAUGCACAGGCCACUCCGAAAGCAGUGAUGGGAUGACCUCAUUGGCCCCUUCUCUGGGUAGGCUUGGUGUGGAGGGUGUGAGGUACCAUGGCAGACUGCUCCCAGAAUGCAGGGCAAAGGGACAGUUCUUACAGCGUCCUAGUUACACGAGGCUCCGUGUCUCCCGGCAGCACGGUUCCCACGCAUGAAGCUGCAAUAAACACUUCAUUCCUGUGAACUUUCCUAGA